AUUGUCAGAACGCGGUACUCUGUCUCAGAGGGCGGUCGUGUUGCGCGUUGUUGGCGAACUUGGCAUCGCGCGGAAACCGUUUUAGCCGGUAAAAAUGGCGGCGUCGUGGAUUCUGGCUGUAGGGCUUCUAGCUAUAACCUCACCAGUACUGUCGGCUCCCGCUGCUCAACAUGCAGAUGGUUCGCGGGAAAUGAAACCGGACGUGCCUGUGGAGGAAUUAGAAAAAUUAAAGUCUGGUGAACCCAGCAAGGUAGAACAUGCUUCGCAUAUUGAAUAUCACAGUCUUGAUGCAGUGAAAUCCAACGGUGAAUUGAUCUCUCGGCUAGAGCAGCACGCCUCGGCAGACGCGGCGCCGGGAGAGAAACCUAUUGUCCACGCUCAUGCGAAACUGGACGUGCCUUCCGAGGGCGUCCACCGCACGAUGGUUCAGGAGGGCUCGCAUGUCAGCAUGGUUGACGCGACUACGCCUGCUGGCGAGGAGGUCACUACUAAGGUAUUCCAUGGAGCGGCUCGCCUAGUGCAGCCGGGCACGGCCACCAACAACCAGAAGGACGGCCACACUGCCAUCCGGCGAGCCUUCAACGCCGACAUCACCAAGGAAACUAAGAACAAUAUUGACCAUUAUACUUCGUACACCGGCGUUCAGUACUCUCCUCUCGACAUGGCGGAGUACGUGUUUUGGACCGGAGACGAGCGUGGAGUGACUGCGGCAAUCGAAGAGUUCCUACAGGAAGGAAUGAUGUCCAAGGAAGAAGCCAUCGCAUUCCUCCAGGAGAUUAAAUUCAACAUCGACUACCUACGUGCACACUAUUCUCAGAACGUCCGAGCCGAGGAAACGGCGCAGCAGGAGAAGCUGAGGAGUCUGCUGAUGGAACAAGCUAACAAGGACUACCAAUACCGGCCGAUGUCCCUCCAGUCGUUCCCGUUCGGGAACAGCCCGGACAUCGUCCGUUCCAUCGCGUCAAAGAAUUGGGAGCUCAGCAACAACCUAUCGCCCAUGGCGCUGCCUGCUGAACUCAGGCCCGACCCCGUCAAGCGAUUCGAUCCUAUGCUGCAGACUAAUAUCAUUAGCACGUCUGACUACGACCGCGACGGACCAGUCAUCACCGAGGAGGAAUACGAGGAGAUGAUGGACAAACUGAAAGCCGCAGACACCCUGUACACCGAGUACACUCUGGAGGAGAUCAUCUACCAGCUCGCUAAGAUGAUGUUCUCUCAAUCGCUGUCCCGUGACCCAGCGACGGCACGCGCCGCAACGCAGCGCUUCAUGGCGUUCCUGGAGCGAGAGGCCGAGCGUGGACAACUCUCGAGGACCAUCGAGAAGAAAGUGCUCGACGUGAUGAUUGCCGCGCUGACUGACACCAUCGGAGACCAUCCCGAGCUGAUGCAGGCGCGGGACAACGUCGGCAUCAACCCCGCUAACCGACUGAUGCGGCAGUUCCUGGAGGCGAGCUCCGCGGAGCCGAGCAUGUCGCGCGCCAUCCUCGCCGCCUACAAGGACGAGCUGCUCAAGGGCGUCCCGCACAAGAUGGGCUUCCCCGCCAACUAAACCACCCACCAAACCCAUGCUGACGACUACACUUUACUUUUUUUUUCAUUUAUUUUGGCUUGUAUUAACCUUUUGAACGCCAAGACCACCUUACUAGUCGUGCCCACAGCGCCAUGGACAACUAUAGGUGUUAUGGCGUACGCUGUUAAAGUAACCUUCACACUUUCAAGUAAAGCUCGCUUGACCUUGGCGUGUAAGUGACGUUUUUGUUUAUGACAAAGGUUUAAGGAUCUGUCUUUAAUUAUGGCAUUUAUGGCCUUUCAGAAGGAUGUUUAUACGUUUUUUUUAAAGUACCUACUUCUACUUUUUAGUUCCGUAUAUUUAUCUAAUUUGGGUUGUGUGGCACGCUUUUCAAUUAUGGCCUUUCAGAAGAACGUUUAUUUAAAUCGUUUUAUUGAGGUAUGCUAUAUCCCGGAUAAUUGGGUGAUUUAUAUUUUAUUAUAUUUAAUGGUUUUCAUAUUCGUUAUUAAGAUAAGUUAUCAUUUAAUAAGGGUUUUUUUAUACGUAAAAUUAAGGAUAUAUUACAAAAUAUAUUAUAGAUGGGCAUUAAAAUUUACCAAACGCUGUAUUACUAAUGUUUAGACUUACUGUCCCGAGUACAUACCUAUAUAUUUAAACGUUACCUUUUAGAAACCAACAUUUCGGCAGCCAAAUGCUCAAAAUAAUUAUUAACUAAGUACAUGUUAUGCUUACAAAGUUUAUGAAAUGAAAUAUAUGACUACCUAUAAUUUUUUAAAUAAGUAAUAUUUUUAAAAUAUUACCUAAUACACCAAUGAAAUUUCAUACCAAGAGUAUCCAAUCCACUUCUAUCAAUGUAAAUAUUUCACCGCUAUAAGUGUAUUCAUAUAAUGCAUUUCUGCAAUUAUUUUAUGAAUUUGAACAAAUAUAAGGAUAAGAGAAGCAAUGACAUAUAUACUAUGUACCAAAGAAAUACCAAAUAUGAGAUUUGAGCAAAUUAAACUAGUUAUUUAUAAUUUAAUUGUUAAUGUUUAUAAUGCGCGUAAUAAAUGUUUAAGUAAAUACAUUUUUGUAUUAAAAGAUAAAUAGUAUUAUUUAGAAGUAGCUUUCAGUGUUUUAGUAGUGGAUAUCCUUGUUUAGAAUUAUUUUACUGACAAAUUAUCUAGUUUAUAAUUUAAAAUAUAAGUUACAUUAUAGCAUAAGAACGACACAUUACGAUAUGAUAUAAUUAGCUAGUCAAAUAUUCUUCAUAUUUUUCUACAGCAUAAAGCUUUAUGAGAGAUGUGCAAUUAAUUCAGGUUACAUAUUUAAAUAUUUAAAGAGGUCUUCCCUUAUAGAUUAUAUAAAAAAAUUGUAACUACGCCCGUCGAAUAGAAUAAAGAAAUCUCAAAGAUUUUAAUAUAUUUACUGUAGAAUUUAAACCGAGUAUUAUACAGAUUUUGAUUUUGAUUGGUUUGGUCCCUGUAUAGAAACGGAAAAUGUAAAAAAACAAAAGUUGAAAUUUUAAAUUUGUUUUAAACAUGAAACAAUUUUUAAACAUGAAACGAAAUUAUAGAAUUGUGGAUAGGUGUCAAAAAAUAACCUAUAUAAUGUUUUUUUCAACUGCGCUUUUUCAAACAAAAGGGGUUUUUCCUUGAAUUGGCAUCAAAAUGUGCUUGCUUUUGCCCCAAUAUAUAUGCUUUUUUCCAUACCUCUCUGAAGGCAUAUCAGAAUUAAAUAAACAUAUCCCUAGAUUGAAUUUAUUUUUAAUAACUAAUCAUUUUUACGCAGCAAAGCGAAUAAUUCCUAUUAAAAAAAUAAGUACUAAUGUAAAUUUGAAGGAAUUGCACAUCACUAUUAUGUAUAUCCCAACUACUUAUAAAACAACAUUUAUGUACUUCAUAAAGAACAUAUUUUGUAAAAAUGGAUAAGAGCCAUGUCUUUUUAUUAGAAUCACAAAAUAUAUUAUUGGGUGUUAUUUAAUCGAUCUGCAAAAUAUUCCUAUAUCAAUGAACAAAAAAAUAUAUUUGGUCAGCAAUUUCAAAACCAGUUCGCAAUUAAUGUCAUACUGAGCUGCUCUAAAUUGAUUUGGUUGACAAAUUAAUUAUUUGAGCGGCAGUAAGCGAUCCACCAUUAAUCAAAUUUUGUUAAGCAAUCAGUGGGUAAGCGAAUCAUUUCAUUUUGGAUUACAAUUUAACGGAUCCGCAAAUAUUGGUUAGCUGAAAAAUCAGUUGAUCAGAAAAUGUCCAACCAACCUAACCAACCCUUUGCUGAUACUGAUUUUUUCAAACAAAAUCAUUUGAUUACUUCCCUUUCAUUUUGUUCUUCAAAAAACUUACUGCCCACUAACUUUGUUUUCUAGUAGAUACCUAGCAGUUGGUUUCUGUAAAGGUCGCAAUUCUAACUUUUUUUUUGUUACCCAGGGGGAAUCCGUUAUAAAUAAUCCGUCCGACUCCCACGGACUAAACCCCCUGGGAUGUUCCGCCGCGUGCUUUGUGGACGGGGUUUCGGGAACGCGACUUUAGACCUCCAAUACCCUGCCGGCGUUGCCCUCGCGGGCUCGUCUUUUGGGGGCCUUGAGGGCCUUCCAGCUCAGAACCUCUUCAGGCGAACUCUCGGCCCAUCACCCGCAGGUCCCCGUUAAGGUGGCAUCAUUCGGGCUGCGUAGGCCCUUCGCCGCCGGCCUGGCCUCCUACGGCGCUGAGGGAGCGAAUUUGCAUCGUCCUGGCUCACUCUUUCUGCAGCCUCCUUUUGUGUCAGGACGGUGACACUAAAGGUGGCUACUGCCGCCCAUACCACCUCACUGCUGAGCAUGCGGCGUAUUAGCGCCGGCAGUGAGAGGUCUCCUCCCACAGCUGCGGACAGGGUAGCGCGAGGCUCCGCCCACGCAGGGCACUCUUCGCGCGUGUGUUAGGCCGUAUCUACGGCUCCUCUGUUGCAGUGGUAGCACGCCGUCGUCGGCUCUCUUCCCAACCUCUCACACAGGUACCAACCGAAGCAGCCGUGCCCCGUCAGGAGCUGCGAGAGAUUGAAGGAGGGUGAGCCGUGCUUGCGUUCGACCCAUUCCUUAAGAACAGGUAGCACAGCGGCCACUAUUAGGUCCCGGCUAGCUCCCGGGAUUUGCAAUUCUAACCUAACCUAACCCACUCUUCUAGUAGCAGUUAGUUUUUGUGAAGGUCGCAGUUCUAAUCUAACCUACCCUACUUUUCUAGUAGCAGUUAGUUUCUGUGGAGGUCGCAGUUCUAACCUUUUUUUUUUUUUGUUAGGAGGGAAAAAUGCAUUACGCAUACCACCCGGGUGCGGGGGGUGACCCCAGUGGUUAUGUGGGACUCCCGUCUAGGCUAAUGAGGCCCACGGUGUACCCACUAAAAAACCCCCCAUAUGCCGCCUCGCCGCCCUAUUGGUGGGGUUACAGGAACGCUUGCGUUUGUCAUCUGCGACCCCACCGGCGGCAGCCGCCCACGAGCGCGGCUCCUUCGCGGAUGCCCGAAGGCCCUUCACGCUAGGCGCGCCAGAUGGUAAGACGCGCCUUCCUCCUCGGCUUCCAUUCUGUAUUGUAGCGGACCCCCCCGAGCCCGCCACAAGGAAGCCACGGGCGCCAGGAAUUUCCCCGGCGCCCGGCGACAGAUCAGGUCUAUGGUUCUGCCGCAAAACCACAACUCGGCUGCAGAGGACAGGGAGAACGGCACAACGUAACACCGACACUCCUCUUCCUCUGCAGCCCCACCAACGCCGCUACAGCGGAACGGCCCCGCCAAGUUCGCAGGGGAUAGGGAGAGUGGCGCAUCGAAAUACCAUCACUCCUUUUCCCCUGCGAUCCCACCUCGGCCGCCGAAGAUAGGGAGAACAGCUUACCGCAAUACCGACACUCCUCUUCCUCGACGGUCCACCUUCGGCGCAUCACAAGCGGGCUUAACCAGCCCACUUGGAGCGUCCUCCUCGGGCCAGCCCGCGACCCAAACAGGCCGGCCCUGGUUGCCUCUUCGCUUCACCGUGGGUGACCAAGCCACGGUUACUAAGCCCCUCCACCACGACAAGGUGAGCAACCCGCGGGGGGUCGCAGUUCUAACCUAACCUAACCCACUUUUCUAGUAGCAGUUAGUGUCAAACAAGUAAUCAUCGAAUGAAGAGUUAAUAGGUAUCUCAUAAGUAAGCGUGCUCCACCGUAGACCACAUCAUCACUUACCAUCAGGUGGGAUCGUGGUCAAACGCCUGCCUCAUAAAAAAAAAAAAAAUGAAAUACACGCACACGAUUGACUUCUCGUGUCACAUGGACUGAUUUCGCUCCGCCUGCAACUCUGCUGAUUUGUCAAAUAAAACGUAACCCACCUUAUUAUGUUAUUAUAUCAGAUUAUCAUUCCUUUAAUAUGCUUACCUCUCAAUUAAACUGCUGAGGCAUAUUUUUUCUGCCAACCAAUUCUUAAAUCAUGCUGACAAAGUAAUUAUUUUGCAGCUCGACUAUUUAUGAAGCAGAUAAAUUAUAACAGAAGCAGAUCGAUUUUGGUUAUAAUGUUGACCGUUGGUGAAUUGUUUGCUGAACAGAGUUGAAGCUCAAUUAUUAUUUAUUGCCAGCAACAUUUUGGUAUGCUGUCCAAAUGAUUUAAUGGCUAUUUUUUACAAUCAGUUUUAAAAACAGCUGAUCAUUUAAUUACUUCCCUAUAUUAUUUAGCUACCUACUUAAAGUAAGACUUGAAAUAUAAUAUUAAUCAGCGUUGUUGGAAAUAAUGCUAUGUUAGCGAUCGGCAAAAUUUAUUAUAUUUAUAUUAUUCUUUGAAAUAUAUUGUGGAUUUAAUAAAAAGUUUAAA